AUGGGCAUUGGGGUGUUAGAAAGAUAUCGGGAUUUGCUGCCCGUGAACGAGGAGACACCGGUGUUCUCCAUGGGCGAAGGUGACACGCCGCUGGUGCGCUCCAGACGGCUGGGACCCGAAUUAGGCUGCGCCGACCUGUUUUUCAAGCUGGAGGGUUGUAAUCCCACCGGUUCGUUCAAAGAUCGCGGCAUGGUUGUUGCCAUCGCCAAAGCGAUGGAAGCAAACAGCGUGGGCGUAAUGUGUGCGUCCACCGGUAACACGAGCGCUUCUGCCGCCGCCUAUUGCGCCUAUUGUGGCUUGACAGCCUGGGUGCUGAUCCCCAAAGGUGAAGUGGCGUUGGGCAAGCUGGCUCAGGCCAUGGCCUACGGAGCGCGGAUAUUGCUCGUCGACGGCAAUUUCGAUGCCGCGUUGGCGUUGGUACGCGAGUUUACAGCCAACAAUCCCAUUACGCUGGUCAACUCGGUUAACCCCCACCGGAUCGAGGGUCAGAAAACUGCCGCCUUCGAGAUUGCGGAUGAUCUUGGUGAUGCGCCCGAUUAUCUGUUCAUACCGGUGGGAAAUGCUGGCAAUAUUACGGCUUACUGGAGAGGGUUCGUUGAAUAUCACCAGCUGGGGCGUACGGAAACUCUGCCCCGAAUGAUGGGCUUUCAGGCCGAAGGCGCAGCGCCCAUCGUGCGAGGCGCGCCGGUGGCCAACCCGCAAACCAUCGCCUCCGCUAUUCGCAUCGGCAACCCGGCGAGUUGGAAACCGGCCGAACGGGCCCGGGACCAAUCCGGCGGUGUUAUCGAUGCCGUUAGCGACGAUGAGAUAUUGGAAGCUUACCGGUUGUUGGCUUCACGCGAGGGGAUCUUCGGAGAACCGGCUUCCGCAGCCUCGGUGGCGGGCCUGAUUAAGAUGCGAAGGAACGGAUUGGAUCUCCGGGGAAAACGGGCCGUAUGUAUCAUCACCGGUUCUGGUUUGAAGGACCCCGACAUGGCCGUAAGCAGCACCCAGGCUGAUACGGUGGAGGUUAAGCCCAACUUGGAGGCGAUCGAAUCCGUAAUAUUGGAAUCUCUGACACCCGCCGCCCGCAAUGACUGGCUUGGCGGGUGA